GCCGCCUUGCUGCCGACCGACCAUACUCCCGCGAAGCAUGCCGGAUGCGGGCAAAGACGACGCCCCUCUCCUUGCGAAGCCGCGGCAAGAGUACAUCAGCCGCAAGCGCGAGGAGUUUGCUGUCGCGGGCAGCCAGACGGCGACGCAUGCCUUCGGGACACCCUACCUUCGCAGCUGCUCACUCGACGCCGUCCUGUCGUGGAUAGCAUUCCUCUUCAUCUGCUGGCCCAUCGGGGUCGUGCUCGUGCUCUCCGGCUGCUGCUGUGGCCCGCUGCUGUUCCAGAGGUUCGCCAUGUGGUGCCUGACCGGCCCGCUCCGCAACUCGCUGCUUGGUGUGCUGCUGAUGCGGAUCCCGUCGCUGACCUAUGACCUGGCGAUGAAUGGGUACCAGUUCCUCUUCCAGGGGUUUGAGCAGCGCAUGUGGACCGACACGCUGCUGCCGGCCAGGCGCGAGUACCUCGACGCCAACUUUGGGCGCAACCUCAUGCUCUGGGACACAGUUCGCAUCGGCGACUACGGCCUCGCUCGCGAGAUAGCGCUUGACCCGCACCGCAAGCGCGCCGGCUGCCUCGACGGCUGGCUGAUCAAGGGGGCGACGCUGCCGCAGGCGACCAACCUGCCGCUCUUUUUCCACACCGGCGCCGAGUACCACACCGCCUGGCGCAAAGCCUUCCGUGAGCACAUCACGGGCGCGCCGUCGGUGGUCGCCAAGCUCAAGGACGGCGGCAGAGCCGCGCGCGAGGAGGCGAGGCCGCACUUGAACGCGUGGCUGGCGUCGGGGUGGGGGGGGAUCCAGCCGCCCGCGGCACUUGGCUCGCGGUGGAUGGCGCAGCCCGUCUUCGAGACGCUCGCUUCGCUGCUGCUCGACGUGCGACCGACCGCGCUCGAGGGGGAGGCGAAGGAGGCGUGGGACGACCUCAUCACCAAGGUCGCCAUCUACACGACCGUCGGCGCGCUGUACUGGCUCUUGCCGCCCUCGUACCCGCCGCUGCUGCAGACGGCGGGCACGCUCGCCCCCUCCGCCCUCAAGCGCUUCCUCUACCUGCACUGCAACAGCGCCAGGCCAGAGGCCCUCGCCGGCCGGCCGGUCGACUGGCGUGCCUUCGCCGACGCGGUGCCGGGCGUCGAGUCGGUGACAGCCGACGUGAACGGGGUGCGCCCCUCCGGCUCCGGGGCGAGCUGCUGCGAGGCGACGUGCGGCUCCUGCCUCGGCAGCUCGGACGUGCCUUCGCGGGAGGAGCCAAAGGUCGACAAGCUGCUCGACUCGGUCUGCAUGGCGCUGCUGCUCGCGGCGGCGGCAGGCACCACCUCUGGCUGCUCCAACACCCUCGCCAAGCUGCUCCGCUUCCCGCGCGGCGUCUUCCCAAAGGCGCUCGGAAACAGCCCGCAGUGGACGGAGGACGCCGACGAGAUGGCGGCCCUCUUCCGCGCUUGCCCGACCGACUUCGUCAUCGAGGCCCUCCGCCUCGCCUGCCCCGUCGCCGGCUCGCACAAGGUGCUCGACAAGCCGAUGCAGUGCCCCUUCCUCGACGGCACGGUCACGCUGCCGGCGGAGAGCAUCGUCGUCGCGAACUACAACACCGCGCACCUCGACCCCAAGGAGUGGGGCGACGACGCGAUGGCCUUCGCGCCCGGCCGCGCGGACCACGACCGCUACCUGGUGUGGAACGGGCCCUUUGGGCGGGGGUGGGAGAACGAGCAGCCCCCCGCGCCGCGGCAGUGCCCGGGCGAGGAGCACGCCGUCGCCGUCAUCUCGAUCGUGGUGGGUGCCUUCCUCGACUACCACAAGCCGGCCGGAGGCGGGCCGCCCAAGAACACGCGCACCGCCGGCGACGCGGAGGCGGCGAGCGAGCCGGUUGCUCGCUCGCUCGCCUCGGAGCCGCCUCAGUCCAAGUCCCACCCGCUGGCGACCUUUUGUUACUACGCAUUCGGGGGCUCGCAGUGAGGGCCUCCGGAGGGCGGCCUCUCUUCAUGGAUGCGUGUGUCCACUGCCCGGCGUACAUUCAUGCACCCCGGCGUUGCGCAGCCCCUCGCGAGGAGCUGCAUGCUUCGGGGCGUACGUGCGUUGAGUCUGGCCCGUGGCCGUGCGCUGGCCUUGCUCGUCCUCUCCGUCCGGUGUGGGCGUGAUGAUCCAGAGAUAUCUAGCUUCUAGGUAAUCGUCCGCAGUUGCCACGAAUCUCGAUUGCGAUGUGCUGACCCGCGCGGCCGCGCGGAGGUGUGUGUACGCGUCACGGGGCUGUAUAAUACAAAACCGAAAAGCCGAUCGCU